AUGUUCAUGUACAACUCGUUCGUAAAGGAGAAAAUAUUCGAGGUAGAUGGACAGAAGGUCCAGAUCGAUAUCUUGGAUACAGCUGGCCAGGAGGAAUACAUGAGGGAUAACUACUACGGGCUGGGUGAAGGAUUCCUGGUGGUGUACGCCAUCACGAUGAAGGACACGUUCCGGUCCGUGACGCGAUUCUACGACCACAUCGUGUCAGUCAAGGGCAAGGAGGAAGUGCCCAUGAUACUGGUUGGCAGCAAGCGAGACCUCGAGGACCAGCGACAAGUGACGACGGAAGAGGGCCAGGAGCUGUCGAAGAAGCUCGGCUGUCCUUUCUUCGAAACCAGCGCCAAGACGAGAGAGAAUGUGGACGAGGUGUUCAGCGAGCUCGUGCGGAGAGUCGUCGCCCACAAGAAAGCCCUCGGCGUAGAAUCGGAGACAUCACCGGCGUCCGGCUGCUGCGUGCUCCAGUGA